AAACCUUUUAUCCUGACUCGACUUUUCUUCAUGAUCCAGCGGCCUGAUCAUGUCAUGAAUACAAGCUCAGCUCAGACUGCCUCGAGCAGCGCUGAGCGGCUUGGCGUUGUUCCCCAACUCGGCCGGCUCCUGCCGCUGAAGACAAAAGAUGAGGUUCGAGCCGCCCUCGAAACUUUUGACGCAUACAUUGUUGGAGUGCCUGAGAAGACGGCUGGGGCUGUUCUGAACGUAAUUAAGAACACUUUGCCGGACUUGAAGACUGCGGACUUUCAACACCUUCGCCGCGUCGCCGGCUUUGAGUUUCUUCCUGAACACUUGCAGACAAUAGUCUCCCCUGCUCAAACCCCAGAAACCCUCGAUGAUGACGACGUCAUGCUCCAAAAGCAUCUGAAGGGAAAGGUGCGAUUCAUUUUGAUCUGCCCCGCUGCUUGUAUUCAGCAGUCCGAUCUCGAAGAUGCUUUAGCGCGGAAUCAUCCCUUUGUUAAGGCCGGUAUGCCGCCUAGGAUUUUUACGAUUCCUGUUCCGACUUUCGCACCUACCUCGCAUGAGCAAGCUGCACUCUGGAGCCUAGGCUAUUGGCCAAUUUCCUACAAGAACUCGAAUCCAUACGGGCCUCAUCCAAGCAUCGUCUCAAGGAAUACGGCAGACAUUGAGAAGUUUGCAGGGACUUGGCUGGCACUGGCAGAAGCCGCCGCCCGUCAAAUUAAUAAUAUGGACUUGGGUGAGCGAAUUGGUUGUGUGAUUGUGAGCAAGACCGACACGACCCAAGAAAUCAUCACGGUGGCAGGAGACUGUCGCUGGCGAUCUCCAACUGGCAAACCGAUGUCAAAAGACGGACCGGGAAAUGUCAUGGCUCACGCCGUGCAACGGGCAAUUGCUAUGGUUGCCAAAAAAAGGCUAAGAGCUGCAGGGAUCGACUCAGACUCCGUCUGCGAUUCACCCAUGUUUUGCAACUUACCAAUCACCGACUUAGAGGAUCAAUUCUACUACCUGAACAAUGCCCCGCCUAGUGGAUAUCUUUGUCUCGAUCUGGAUAUAUAUACUACUCACGAGCCAUGCGUUAUGUGUUCCAUGGCGAUUCUGCAUUCACGUUUCAGAAGAUGCGUUUUCAGGCGAAGGAUGCCACUAACAGGAGGAAUGACUGCUGAUGGCGCCAAGCCUGCAGGUGAUGAGAACAUUAAAGGAGGAACGAAUGGGGCUGGUCUUGGACAUGGUAUAUUCUGGCGCCCCUCGGAGCUUAAUUGGAAGUUUUUGGCAUGGGAGUGGGAAAACGCAGAUGCGACAGACUCGGAUUCACAUAUUGAAGAUACCCUACAA